UCUAACCGGUACUCAUGUACGAUUCUGAUACGUAUUUUGAUUGUGGGUUUCUCAGUGGGUUGUCUUCUGCCUGAUGAUCCGGCUCCUCACAGUCCUCCACCGGCCGCCAUGGUUCCGGUCCGGCUUGGUCAGAUCGUGCUCCGGCCUCCCACCCGACCGAACCGCAGCCCGGAUCCGGAACACCUUCCUGAACUUCUUCAGGGACAGAGGACACCUGCUGGUCCCGUCCGCCCCGGUUCGACCCCGAGGAGACCCCAGCCUGCUGUUCGUCAACGCUGGCAUGAACCAGUUCAAGCCAAUCCUCCUGGGCACGGUGGACCCUCGUAGUCCCAUGGCGUCCUACAGACGAGUGGCGAACAGUCAGAAAUGUGUCAGAGCUGGAGGGAAGCACAAUGACCUGGAUGACGUUGGACGAGAUGUUUAUCACCACACCUUCUUCGAGAUGAUGGGCAGCUGGUCCUUUGGAGACUAUUUCAAGGAGGAGGCAUGUCAGAUGGCGUGGAGCCUCCUCACAGAACAUUAUGGGUUACCUGUUGACAGACUGUAUGUGUCGUACUUCGGCGGCGAUGCAGCAUUUGGUUUACCUCCUGAUGAUGAGACUCGGCAGAUCUGGUUGGAGAUCGGGGUCCAGGCCAAUCGCAUCCUGCCGUUUGGUCUGAAGGAGAACUUCUGGGAGAUGGGGGACUCAGGUCCAUGUGGACCUUGCACUGAGAUUCAUUAUGACCACGUAGGAGGACGAGAUGGCGCAGCGCUGGUCAACAAUGACACACCAGACCUGGUGGAGAUCUGGAACCUGGUCUUCAUGCAGUACAACAGGGAGUUGGACGGGAGUCUGCGUCCUCUACCUCAGUGUAGUGUGGACACUGGGAUGGGACUGGAACGUCUGGUGAGAAUCCUCCAAAACAAAACCUCCAACUACGACACGGACCUGUUCACACCUCUACUGGACCAUAUCCAUCAGGUGUCCUGUGUGGACAUUUAUGGAGGCAGGAAAGGCUCCUCAGACCAGGAGAAGGUGGACAUGGCCUACAGAGUGGUGGCAGAUCACAUUCGAACGCUGUCGGUCUGCAUCGCUGAUGGAAUCCAUCCAGGAAUGUCAGGAGCUGAGUUGGUAUUGCGAAGGAUCUUGCGUCGAGCUUUGCGAUUCUGUGUCGAGGUCCUUCAGGCUCCUCAGGGGUCUCUGGCUGGACUUGUCCCCACUGUCACACACAUUCUGGGCGAUGUAUAUCCAGAGCUGCACAGUGAGAAGGACCGGAUCAUGGAUGUGAUCAAUGAGAACGAGGCUCAGUUCCUGUCGUCUCUGCAGCAGGGCAGCCGUCUGAUCCACCGUACACUGAACAGGAUGGAGAACAAACAUGGACUCUUCCCUGCGUCUGUGGCUUGGUCUCUGCACAGAGACCUGGGGUUCCCCCUGGACCUGGUGGACCUGGUGCUGGAGGAGAGAGGAGUCCGGGUGGACCGGGAGGAGCUGGACCGGCUAAUCUCAGAGAACCACAAGGUGGUCUCUGAGUCUCAGUCUGGUCCUCAGUCUCAACUGAGUCUGGACAUCCUCAGUCUGUCUGAGCUGCAGCGUCUUGGGGUUCCUCACACCAACGACAGCCUUAAGUACCAGUACAGCCUGGACCGGGACCGAUAUGUUUUCCCAGCAUGCUGUGCUGUUAUUCUGGCUCUGUACGAUGGUCACAGUCUGAGGUCAGAGGUCAGCGAGGGUCAGCGCUGUGCUGUCAUCCUGGACAGAACCUGCUUCUAUGCUGAACAGGGGGGACAGUCACAUGACCAGGGCUACUUCACCAGGAACGGGUCAAAGGAUGUCGUGUACCCAGUGGACGCUGUUGAGCAGGUGGGGGGCUAUGUGGUCCAUCAUGUGACUACAUCUGAAUGCCUGAAGACUGGAGACCAGGUGGAGCUACACCUGGACCAGGUGAAUAGACUGUCCUGUAUGGUGAAACACACUGCCACACACGUCCUGAACUUCGCUCUCAGGAAGGUUUUAGGUCCAUCGAUUCAACAGAGAGGAUCCCAUGUGUCAGCAGAACGGCUUCGAUUUGACUUCACCACCAAGGUUUCCCUGAGUGUGUCACAGCUCCAGCAGGUGGAGAGUUGUGUGAUGGACGUUAUCUCAGCCAAUCAGAGGGUCUACAGUGAGGAGCUUCCUCUGCUCAGUGCGAAGACCAUCUCAGGACUGAGGACGGUGGAUGAGGUUUAUCCUGAUCCGGUUCGGGUUGUGUCUGUCGGCAUCCCGGUCUCCGAGCUGCUGAAUGACCAGACAGACAAACAGACUUCUGUGGAGCUCUGCUGUGGAACUCACCUGCUGCAAACUGGCUUCAUCCAGGACCUGGUCAUUGUCUCUGAGCGACAGAUGGUCAGAGGGAUCAGUCGCAUCGUUGCGGUGACAGGCCGAGAUGCGACUCGGGCUCGGGAGUUGGGUCAGGCUGUGGCUCAGGAUGUGGAUUCUCUGUCAGCCAGACUUGCAGGCUCCACUCCUUCCUCUCUGGUUUCUGCCCACUGUCUGGCCAAAGAAGUCGGCAUCCUGUCUGAUGCUGUGGACAACACACCCAUCCCUCAGUGGCAGCGCAGAGACUUACAGAACCAGCUCAAAGUGUUGCAGAGGACUACUAACACCACUGUGAGGAAACUGGAAGUCAGAGAGGCGGCAGUGAAAGCUGAGGCUCUGUUGCAGAAACAUGGAAAGAAGGAUAUUCUAGUGGAUUCUGUGGAUACGGACUCUCUGUCGGUAGUUAUGAAGACGGUGAACCAGCUCAGCACUGCAGCACCCAAUGCUGUGGUGAUGCUGCUUGCUCACCAGGUGCAUUCUGGGAAAGUUCUGUGUGCCUGCCAGGUUCCCAAGGGCUCUGCCUCCUCUUCCCUUCUGGCCUCUGAUUGGGCGGUGGCUGUCUGUCAGCACCUUGGGGGUGGAGCUGGUGGUAAUGCAGUGGUUGCCCAGGGAACAGGAAGCAGUGACAACAUCAUAGAGGUGUUGAGGUGGGCAGAGCAAUUUGCUGUCCAGAAAAUACAGCGAUGACAUCUAACAGAGCCAAUCAGAGCAGACUGAGACAAGUGGGUGGGGUUUGAUUACAUGAGUGUGGAGGCCCUGCCCAAAACAAGUGGUUGGCUCUGUCUCAUUGGACUGAUGAUAAUUUUGUAUAUUUUCUUUGUUUUAAAAGAAAUAAAAACUCUGAGUCAGA